AUGGGCCCCUGUACCGCCUCCUCAUGCUGCUGCCAGGCCCCUAAUCUGCCAUGGGCCCCUAUACCGCCUCCUCAUGCUGCUGCCAGGCCCCUAAUCUGCCAUGGGCCCCUGUACCGCCUCCUCAUGCUGCUGCCAGGUCCCAGAGUCUCUCAUGGGUCCCUGUACGGGCCUCCCAUUGCUGCUGUCUCCAUCGCCACACUCUGCCAUGUGCCACUUUCAGGUCUCCUCACAACACUGCUGGUGUGUUCCAUUUUUUUGUCAUAGGGUGCUGUAUAGCCUCCAUUGCUGCUGCCUCCACCGCCACACUGUGGCUCCACACUCUGGUUUUGGCCCCGUGACUGCCCAAAUGAGUGAAGUGUGCGGUGAUUCUAAGAUCGACGGCACUCAUCUGCAUGUCAUACUGACUGUCAGUAUUAUUUCUCUUCCCCAGCAGACUCCAAGGGCAUUUAAAUUAAAGGUACAGUGUUCUGCACUAAUAUAA